AGAACUAGUUUUAUCGCCAUUUUUGUGAUGGCGGCUGAUAUUUAUAGAUCUUGAGGGUGUUGUUAUUUAUUAUUAAAUGCAUUAAAAUGGAGGAAACGAAAGUUAUUUACUAUAUAGACGACGAGGAGACGCCGUAUUUAGUGAAGAUCCCCAUAUCGCCGGAGAAAGUGACGUUGUUAGACUUUAAGAAUCAGCUAAACAGGCCGAACUACAAAUUUUUCUUCAAAUCCAUGGACGAUGAUUUCGGUGUAGUGAAAGAGGAGAUAGUGGAUGAUAAUGCGCAUCUGCCGUGUUUCAACGGUCGUGUGGUGUCGUGGCUGGUGUCUGCUGAGGGCUCGAACCCGUCCGACGGCGCGUCGCAAUGUACCGAUAGUAAUCCGGGGAAAACUAAACAAAACAACCAUGGUGCUGCGACCGCGCCGCUCACCAGGGAUACCUGCACGGAUACGGACAGCACGAUCAGCUCGCGGCCAGGCCACAGAGCGUCCUGUGAUAAAUACAAGUAUAGAGGAUUACGGAUAAACGGUCACUCCAAAUACGGGAACCAUGGGCUGGAGUACGAGACUGCGUCAGUUCUAAGUUCGGAUUUGGACUCGACGAGCUUGUUUGACAGUCAGUCGGAGAUUACCACGACCACCGGCCGGCAUACCAACGCGUCUGUGGACAGAGCACUAACAGAAUGCAGUAGUGUGUCUCAUUUGCAAGUCAGCUCUCGAAAGAGACCGCAACGAAGACGGAAAAGGCCUCAAGUGAUGUCCAGGACCUCGUCAUAUUCCUCUAUAACCGACUCGACGAUGUCUAUGCAUAUAAUAACUGUCACUUUGAAUAUGGACACAGUGAAUUUUCUAGGUAUAUCAAUUGUGGGACAGUCGAAUAAGGGUGGUGAUGGUGGAAUAUAUGUUGGAAGUAUAAUGAAGGGUGGUGCUGUGGCAUUGGACGGCAGGAUAGAACCUGGAGACAUGAUAUUACAGGUGAACGAUGUAAACUUUGAAGACAUGACAAACGACGAGGCGGUACGCGUUCUCCGCGAAGUGGUACAGAAGCCCGGCCCUAUCAAGCUAGUGGUCGCCAAGUGCUGGGACCCCAACCCCAAGGGUUACUUCACGAUACCCCGGACGGAGCCCGUCCGGCCCAUAGACCCUGGCGCGUGGGUGGCGCACACGCAGGCUCUGCGCGAGGCGUACCCGCCGCCGCCGGCAGCGGCCGCCGCGCCACCCGCGCCACCCGUGCCGCCGUCGGACGCGUCCACGCUGCCGCUGGCGGCCGACGCCGCGCUGUCCGUCGGCAUGGACAUGGCGCUCGUCGUGCGGGCCAUGCUACGCCCCGACUCAGGCCUGGAGAUCCGCGACCGCAUGUGGCUGAAGAUCACGAUCCCGAAUGCUUUCAUCGGCGCGGACGUGGUGGAGUGGAUCCUGCAGCACGUGGCCGGCAUCAACGACCGCCGCGACGCUCGCAAAUACGCCUCACAUAUGCUCAAGGCGGGCUUCAUCCGGCACACGGUGAACAAGAUCACGUUCUCGGAGCAGUGCUACUACGUGGCGGGCGAGCUGUGCGCGGAGCUGGCGGCGCUGCGGCUGCGGCCCGGCGACGCCGACAGCCUGCUCAGCGACACGCUGGCGCCGCUGCCCAACCCCAGCAUGAUGGCACCCGGCUACAUGCCCUACGCGGGCUCGUAUGGUUAUCAGCCGAUUCCCUUCAAGUACACGUCCUGCAUCACCAGUGAACACACCAUAUAUGGAUACAACCGCGAGGAGAGCGUACUGUCAGGAAGCGGGGGCUCUAGCGCCGGAUCUGACCACCUCACCGCUAAAGAGCUAGGCGGUCGGGAGGGCGAGGCGCAGUCGGCAUCCAGCGGGUCGUCGGCGGCGGAGGCGGCGGGGACGCCGGGGACGGUGGGGACAGCCGCCCGCCGCGACCGCUCGCACUCCAGCGGCUCGUCGCGAGCCGGCGACAGGCCCGUCCUCUUCCUCUAACGGACGGAACUGUGAGCGCGCUCAGCAUGUCAUAACUGCCAAAUAUCCCUAGGUAAUUACCGGUGUAUGUGUUUGUAUACAUUUUGUAUGUACACUUGCGACGCGUCCAAACGACUUCACGGACGCGACCUGUGACGUCACAGCGGUGACGUACCGCCGACGUGGACGCGGUCGUCCACGUUCUAAAUUUGAAAUUUCAAACGUUGGAGACGAAACGCAUUCCGAAUGUGAAUUGUGAACCGUUCGGGGUGACGUCAGGGUGACGUCACGGUGCUGACGUAGGCGAGUUUGAUGACCGAAUUGUGACGUGAACACAAAAUUUGUGUGAAUAAAUCUGAUUUUUGGGUAAACAAACCAAUUUAGACCGAAAUAAAUGAGGUGUGUAUGAAAAUGAAUCAUGCAUAGCAUUCAA